AUGGAGUCUAUCAACAAGGAGGCAAUCCACUUUGAUGAUAUGGAGGUUCAGGAGAAGGCCGCCUUCGACGAUGUUAUCCGGCCCAAGGACUGCUACACCGCGGAUGGUACCUACUGGGCUGAUCUACCUCUGAGUCAACGUAUUGGGUUCUGCUUGGAUCAAGAUCGCACAGAGGCUCGCAAAGAAUUCGCCUGGCUCUGGAGCGAGUUCAAGAAAGACCCUCUGUCUCCUAUCUCUCAUUACUUCAAGAAUUUUGUUCUUCCCGGUGCUGGUCUGGGUCUUGAAGGAUACGUGCUCUUCUCCAUCGGUAACAACACGGCCCUCUUCAAGGCUUCAUUCAAGAGUUGCUGGACCGGCAAGACUUGCGACCCCAACUGGAUUGCCGCCAUCAACUACAUGGAAAUUGUUGGUAUCUUCGUUGGUCAGAUUCUGGUCGGUUAUCUGGGUGAUGCCAUCGGUCGUCGUUGGGGUCUGAUCCAGGAUGCUACUAUCAUGUUCAUCGGUCUUCUUAUGCUUGUCGCCGCUUGGGGUGUCACGGAGAAUGGCUGGAUUAUCUGCUACGCCUGGUCGCUUUUCUUCUACUCUAUCGGUGUUGGCGGUGAAUACCCCAUGACCGCUACCAUUGGAAUGGAGAAUGGUUACAGCACCGGCAAGAUUAUGACGUCUCACGAUCGUCUGCAUCGUGGUCGUUCUGUUGUGGGUUCCUUCAUGAUGCAGGGUUGGGGCCAGUUCGCCAACCAGGCGAUUCUCAUCCUGCUCCUGUUGAUCUUCCAUCACGGCUCUGGUGAGCUUCCCAUCUCGACCACCACAACCCAGUGGACCUACCGUGUAUCAUUCGCGAUUCCGGCGAUUGGCACUGCUUGGCUCGUGUACUAUCGUACCUACCACAUGAAGGCCGCCAGCAAGCAGCUCGAGGCGUCCAAGAAGAAGGCCUCCGUGACUGGGUACGACACUGAAUCCCUCAAGCUCACCUUCCGCCAUUUCACCCCACGUAUCAUUGCUACCGCAGGUGGCUGGUUCGCAAACGAUGUCUUCUUUUACGGCAACAAGUUGUUCCAGGGCAACUUCAUCAAGGUCAUCAGCCCUGGGCACAGCCACAACAUUCUCACCGACUGGCUUUGGAAUCUGAUCAAUAUCGGUGUGAGUUUGGCUGGAUACUACUUUGCUACAUGGUUCGUCGAUACCAAGCUCUAUGGGCGUAAGUGGAUGCAGAUUGUCGGUUUCAUGAUGUGCUUCAUUCUCUUUGUGAUCCCUGCCUUCAACUUUGAGUACUACACACAGCCUGCCCACAUCCACUCGUUCCAGGCGAUGUACUACCUCAGUUCAUUCUUCAACCAGUUCGGUCCAAACUGCAUCUCCUUCCUUGUUGCUGCUGAGUGCUUCCCUACCCCCAUUCGCGGUACCGCUCACGGAAUCUCUGCUGCCGCCGGCAAGCUCGGUGCCCUGAUCAUUGCCGUCAUCGGCUCGUACACCACCACCCAGGAGCAGUUCUACAUUGUGCCCUGGUUCGGUCUUCUCGGUGUCCUGGUCACUUGGCUCUUCCUUCCCGACACCACCGGCCUGGAUCUGCGGGAGCAAGAGCGUCGUUGGAAAUUCAUCCGCGAGGGCCGCGAGCACGAGUACCACGGCCCCGCUGUGCACUCCAAGCAUUUGUCCGUCUGGGAGCGCUGGACCGGCAAAGGCAAACACUACGAUGCCGAUCGCGACUACCAGAUGAAAGUUGAGGAGUUCCGCGCCGAGUGGGAGGCCGCCAUGGCCGCCCGCGGUGAAGAGAGCACCCUUUAUGACAUGGACGACGUUGACGAGAACAUCCUCCACGGAGACAUGCACAAGUACUUCGAGCGCACCAGCCCCGAGAUCCGCGGUAUGCGCAAGGAGAUCAAGGAGCCUGUCAGUCUCCCGGCUGCUAUGGCUGCUUCUUCCGAGGACCAGGAGACCCUGGGGGAGCACUAG